UCAAUGGGGAAGAAAUCAUCUUCAUUGGUUUACCAGAUCUUCCAGCACCGAUUCCCAGCAACAUUUAAAGGUUUCUUCUAUUUUUUACCAAUAAGCUUAGCCUUAACCACACUUCUUCUCAUUUUCAUUUACAUUUCCACUACUGCAAGUGUCACUAAAAAUCAUGCCCAAGCCACUCUUUACCUUCAAACUUUGCCUUCUUCCACUUCUUCACUGAGUAUCGAUCAAACCGGUAAUCUCCCGGUGGUUCCGUUUGGAGAUAAUGAGAACGACAAUGAUAAUCUGUUUGCUGAUCCUUCCCGAAUUGAUCGUCUCUCCAGGGCUAAUCAAUGGCUUCUGGGGAACCUUUUCGGCUUAAGUAAUGGAAAUUACACAAAUAACAAAGAAGCGUACCAUGAUGGUGAUCUCUUCUUACAAGACUACAAACAAAUGAACAAAAGCUUGAAGAUUUUUGUCUAUCCUCACAGUAAAGACGAUCCUUUUGCAAAUGUGUUGUUGCCUCCUGAUUCUGAUACCAAAGGAAACUAUGCAAGCGAACUCAUGUUCAAGAAAGCUUUGAUGAAAUCCCAUUUCGUCACCAAAGAUCCCAAUGAGGCUCAUCUCUUCUACAUGCCUUUCUCGAUUUCUCCGAUGAGGACCGACCCCCGGAUCGACGUUCACGGGAUCCCGGAUUUCGUGAAGAAUUAUAUCUCCAAUAUUACUCAGAAGUAUCCUUAUUGGAAUCGAACCGGCGGAGCCGAUCAUUUCUAUGUCGCUUGUCAUUCCAUCGGGAAAAUUGCGUUUGAUAAAGCGUUUGUAGCUAGACUCAAUGUUAUUCAACUCGUUUGCUCUUCUACCUAUUUUCCUUCGUCUUAUCUUCCUCACAAGGAUGCUUCUAUGCCUCAAGUUUGGCCUCGAGAAGGAGACCCUCCUAACCUUGUUACGUCUCAAAGGAAGAGGCUUGCAUUCUUCGCCGGAGCUGUGAACUCUCCUGUACGUAUAGCUCUUCUCAAGGUGUGGGGCAACGACACUGAAAUCUUCGUGCACUUCGGCCGCCUCCAAACACCCUACUCCGAUCAACUCCUCGGAAGCAAGUUUUGCAUCCAUGUCAAAGGCUUCGAAGUAAACACGGCACGGGUCGCAGACGCACUAUACUACGGUUGCAUCCCUAUAAUCUUAGCCAACCAUUACGACCUUCCGUUCACCGAUAUAUUGAACUGGAAAAGUUUUUCUGUCGUCGUUCACCACGUCGAUAUUCCGGUGAUGAAGAAAAUACUUCAAGGAAUAAGCAAUGAAGAGUAUAGCAUGUUGCGAAGCAAUGUGUUGAGAGUUCGGAAACAUUUCCAAUGGAAUGUUCCGCCCAUUGAUUUUGAUGCAUUCCAUAUGUCCAUGUAUGAGUUAUGGAAACGUCGUAGCGUUGUGAGGGUUAGGUUAACCCCUUCCGUGGAAUUUAUGUAACUCUUUUUCUUUUUUGAGCUUAUCAAUCU